AUGAUAUUAUUCCGCUAUGGGUUAACAAUUUGUUGUUACGAUCGUCUUCAUAUAGUUAGUAAUAAAACAAUAUCGCCUCUUUGCCAUCUCAUUGAAGGUAAACCUCAUGAUUAUGAUAACAUUAAAUGGUUAACUCAAUUAUCUUGUUUAAUACUUGAAUCAAUGUCAACACUUGAUAAUGAAAAUAAUGAAUUUGCUAUUGACUGGCUAUUAGUUAAAAUUACUUUCUCAAGUCAUCGUUUAUUACCUGUCAAUACUUUUACUUUAAAAGGAUUUCUUCUUGGUAAAGAAAUUGAAUUGACUUCAACUCCUUUUAUUCUAUUUUCUUUAAUCAUCACAUUAUAUUUUGGUUUAAAAAAAGAUGGAUCUACUGUUGUCUUUGAUCCUUUUCAUAUUUAUCGAGAAUCAACUGCAGUAACACCAAUUUUGAUUCGCUUUCUUACCAAAAAUAAUCGAAAUAAACAAAAUGAAAAUAUAAUCAUGAUCAAACAAGAAUGUCUAAAAGCAAUAGUGACACGAAUAGAAGACCACAAUGAAUCCUGUGAGACAAUCGAUCUUUGUAUUGGCACUAUUUGCUUGUAUGACGUCGAUUGA